UAGCAUUAUGGGAAGGGCCAGGGAGCAGCCAAUCCGGACACACGCUGUUAUAGCAACAGAACAGAAUGUGGUGUAGUGAAGUAAGAUAGGAGAGCAGGGGAGGGGGGAGAAAUAAUAAAUAAAAUAGAGUGGAGUUGCUCACAUUGAAAGUAAUCAAUGGAUGAAAUAAAAAGAAAACAAACAAACAAAUAAGCUGAUUUGGAAGAAAGUUUCUCAGGACUGGUGUAAAGAACUGCAAGAAGCAGUGACAGGGGCUCUGCACAGAUAAGCACUGCUGGGUCUUGCCUGCACUCUCACACCAUCCCCAUUGUUUGAGCAUUUCCAAAAUAUGGCAAAGGUUCAGGUGAACAAUGUGGUGGUGCUGGAUAACCCUUCUCCUUUCUACAAUCCUUUCCAGUUCGAAAUCACCUUUGAGUGCAUAGAGGACCUUUCUGAAGAUUUAGAAUGGAAAAUUAUUUACGUGGGCUCUGCUGAAAGUGAAGAAUAUGACCAGGUUUUAGACUCUGUAUUGGUGGGACCUGUACCUGCAGGCCGACAUAUGUUUGUAUUUCAGGCUGAUGCCCCCAACUCAGGCCUUAUACCAGACGCAGAUGCCAUUGGUGUAACAGUGGUGCUUAUCACAUGCACAUACAGAGAUCAAGAGUUUAUCAGAGUGGGCUAUUAUGUUAAUAAUGAAUAUACAGAAACAGAACUGCGUGAAAACCCUCCUGUGAAACCAGACUUUUCCAAGCUUCAGAGGAACAUCUUGGCAUCAAAUCCUAGAGUAACCAGGUUCCACAUAAACUGGGAAGAAAAUACAGAGAAGCUUGAUGAACUUGAAGAUAGUAAUCCUCAUCUGCAUCCAAUACUGUCAAUAGAAGCCAGACCUUCAGCUUCAAAAGGAUGGCCUAUGUCAGAGAACUCUUUAAAUGUCAUGCUAGAAUCGCACAUGGACUGCAUGUGACUUUACUUUUACAUCUUUCUACUUUCAAGCCAAUGGGAAAAUUGCACUUUGCAACACUAUUUUCCAAUAAAUAGGACACCAGGAAACAUGUCCUUGGCAGAAACCUUUAUCAAAGGGUGGAAACAAAAUGUGAACUAGGGGGAAAAGUUUUUAAAAAAUCUAUUUUUAAUUAUUUUUGUUUCUGCUUAAGGCAGGUAUCUAUCAGCUAUUUUCCAAACUAGUUAGAACAUGCAACUGCAGCACAUUUUGCUAUUUAUUUGGAGAUGUAUUGUUUUCUGAUAUUUUGCUGAAAUAAAUCUAUGCUUGAUACCACAGACCUGACAUAUGCACACUGUGGGCCAUCCACAGUACAUCCUAUUUGAUUACAUAAAAUCUAUUUCAGAUGGAUUCUAUUCUUACAACAAAUAAUGCCUUUAUAGUUUA